CCACGACCAUGCCGUCACGGUACCGAAAAUCCACUGUCCGGCCAAAUCCAGGCCGGGCCUCCAUAGCUCCCGCACUGAACCCAUGCAACGCCGCUCUUCCCAACACCCAACUCCCCACAUACCGCAAACCAUCGCACCCGCUCAACCACCGCGCCCAGAACCAGCUCGCGAGCCUCACCCACUUGCACUCGCUCAAAGAUCUUAAAAAUCAAAACCAGCAAGCCGUAGAAUUGAUCACACAAAGCGCUGGUGCCAUCAACGACAUGCUCCGGGAGCGUGAGCUGCGGGUCGCAAAGCGACGGCAAAGAUGGGAGAGGGAUAGUGAGGGUGUGUAUGAAGAGGAACAGGAGCGUGAGGAACGUGAGCUUGAAGAUUUGAAGGCGAAGGUGGAGAAUAUGACAAAGGAGUUGGAGGUGGGGAUGAGGCAUCUCAUCGAUACUGAGAUGGCGGGGAGUAGAAUAGAAGAGGGGUUUCAGUGGAUGAGGACGAAUGCUCCGGGCUUGUUGGAACAAGAGUAUGUGACUCAGGUGACGCAACAGCAGACGCAACAGAGCCAGAAUCAUACUCAGAGGCAGAGAAGACAGACGUAUGGAGAUGGGGACGAAGAAAUGAAUGAUACUGAGGAGGGUGAGGAUGAGGAGAUACCUAGCCCUGGUCCAACACCACUGAGCGGAAUGAGGAUCGCGCUUACAGGACCGAGCGAGCUGUUCGCAGAUCGCUUGCAGAAAAUGAAAGAAAACUAUCUAUCCCUUUCUCACACAGUCCGAUACGCCAAGAACAACGACUACAUCGGCUUCAAGAGCAUGGUGCAUGACGCUAAGAACGGCGAUAACGGUCCUCCGUUGCCUCACGCCGAUACCUGGUUCACGGAGCGUGGAUCCCCAGCCCCAGGUAUCACAGCAACCCAGAACGGUGCUGAUGAGGACGACGACCUUGUUGUCGACAAAGCGACUAUCAGCACGAGAUGUCCGAUCACAUUCCAGAAGUUCCAAGAACCGGUCAGUAGCAAAAAGUGCCCGCACAGUUUCGAGAAGCACGCUAUUCUGGACUUCAUCCGGCGAAGCAAUGUAAAAAUUGGGGGAGGGCCUGGGAGGGGACAAGGCGAGAAAGCAGUUCAGUGUCCUGUGUCGGGUUGUAGUCAGAUGAUCACUGCAAGCGACCUCUUCCAUGACGCCGUUCUCAUCCGCAAAAUCAAACGCAUGCAGCAAGCCGAGGCACAGGAAGACGAUGCUGAAGACAGUGAUCUAGAAGACAACCCAGCUCCUCGACGGCAUCGACAAGAAGGAAGCGGGGAAGACGACGUUGCGGUUAGACCUUCCAGACGAGUGAAAUCGGAAGUUGCGGUUCCUGCUACGCAAGAGUCGCCACGAAGAACGGCAGAGGCUGUAGAUCUAGGGGAUCCGAGCGAUUUCGACGAUAGUGAGCAUUAUGGAUAGCUAAAAGGCGGGGUAUAGAGACGGAGUGCACCGUAGACGAGAGUUGUGAUAUAUGUACACCCAAAUGUGCAGACCUCUUUGGUAUAGUGACUAAUGGGAAGACUCAAUAGUCUAGCACCC